CCGAGGGAGAGGAGCUAGCCGCCAUUUUCUAAGCGUCUCUCCCUAAAACGAGAGAAAAAGGCUCGCGACAAACUGCCCUCUGGAUUACCUUUCGCUUUCUGAGAAUUGGAAUUUUUGGUAAAGGAUUGCGGUGAAAUCGCCUACAUUUGAAGUAAUUUGGAGUAGAAAGGACUGUUUCACGGCCUUGUCUUAUAUUCGCUGUAGCGGCGGCGAGGCGAGCUAGCUGGCGAGCAAGGUGUAGAUCGUUGAUUCGCCCAUUGCCUGAAUCCGGAACGAACCCGAGCGGCUCUGUGAACUGGGCCUUUUUUUGGCAAUCUGGCUGCAUUUCUGGAUUAAUUAAUGGCAGAGUGAUCGAAUCCAGGCGCGUUUUUGUGUUAGCACCCUUGGUUUUUUCCACCAAAACUGCAGGGGAUUGUUGCCGAAAUUCCCUCGGAUAGUGCAACCUCGUCACGUGGCUGUCCUCAGGUGGGGCAGUAAGCGGGUGGUGUGGAGCAGGCCGCGGUGCCCGUCCCUCUGCACUGCAUGGCUGCGAUGGCGCCCGCUCUCACCGACGCCCCAGCCGAAGCUCACCACAUCCGCUUCAAACUGGCUGCCCCAUCCUCAAGUCUCUCACCGGCCAGUGCAGAGAACAACGGUAACGCCAGCAACAUCCUUAUCCAUAGCAGCGGCCCAGCUAAGUGCAAGGCCACCUCCGAAGAGUGCCCUCUUGACUUUUGCGGCGGCGACCAGGAACAGCAGCAACAGCAGCCCCAAGCCGACUCUGGGGCUCAGGCCUCAGCCCUGGGCAAGCUCCAGCCGCUGGUGGCUUCUUACCUCUGCUCUGAUGUGACACCUGUCCCUUCAACUAAGGAGUCAAUCAAGCUGCAAGGAGUCCUCAUCAAACAGUCUGUGUUGAAAGGCCACAGAAUACUGCCCAGCUCCCUGCUCAACGGCGGAGACUUCCUGUUGAGGAAGAGGCAGGCGAUAGAACUCUCUGGCGGACAGCUCAAAAGUCUCAUGAGUGGCAGCACCAACGGAGGUGGCCAGCCCAUGGCACCUGUCAAUGGCCUGGCCAAGAAGCUGGCCACCAUGUCUGACCCUGGCUGUGUGGUGGCAGUGAAUGGUGACAAGCCCUCUGCCACCGCAGACUCUCAGUCACAGAACUUGGACUCUGAGACCUUGACGGCUACUUUAUCAGGGCAUAUCCCGGUGAAAGGAACCCUUAAACAGAAGCAUUCCUCUGGGGUUUCUCAAAAUACAGAUGGAAAAAACCUUGAACCACCAGUGCUUCAGUCUGUUGCACUUUCUCCCUUUACCCAUGACAACCCUAACCCCACUGAACAAGCAAAUUUUGAGGAGGCUGAUUUACACACGCAUACCAGUCAGCCACAGGGUUCUGAUAGGGAGAGACCAGGUAGCAGCCAGCAGGGCUCCCCGUCUUGCACACCUGCACCACAGCCUCUUCUAUCCUGUAGUUCUUCUUCGGACAGCCUUGAUGCUCACGUUAGGGAGCGCACCCUUCUCAAUAGCAGCCGCCAAGCUGAGAUUGAAAACCGGCUGCGGCGCCUGCGCAAACGUCUUCAGGUUGUACAGGCCAAGCAGGUGGAGCGACACAUCCAACAGCAGCUGGGUGGCUUCUUGGACUCAGCUCUCAACCGGCUGCUGGCUGGUAACCGCAAAUCUGAGACGGCUACCCCAACGGCUACAUGGAGGACUGGACGCCACUCUUCGUCAAACAACAGAGACGGCCUCAGUCGCUUCCUGAAAAGCGGCGCCAUGCCCUUGGAACUGGAGAGGCUGUAUCUGAGUGGCUCAGCCAACCUUCAUUCAGCAGAAAGCGCCUUUGACUCAGAUGUAACAGAAAGUAGCUCUGGAGGGGACUCUGACAUGGAGGAGGAGGAGCUGGCCAGAGUGGACAUUGAGCAGCGGCAUGUGAAAAUAUGGAAGCGGGCAGAGAGCCGCUACACUGUGGAGAGAGCUGCUAUCAUCAGCCACUGGAACUGGCUCCAGGCCCACAUCUCAGACUUGGAGUACCGCAUCCGACAGCAGACCGACAUCUACAGACAAAUCCGCGCCAGCAAGGGCUCAGUAGAGUUGGGAGGUGUUGCCCCCAGCGCAGUGUCUGCAGGUGGGACAGAAAUGAAGACAGAGCCUGUAAAUACUCAGGAUGUUGCUUCAGAACGGCUGGAGCACACAGGCACCGCCCACAUCGCCAACGCAGAGGCCGGCCCUUUGAAAGGUCAAAACGCACAACCAGUUAACGGCGUCCUCAGCAGGAUGGCAGAGAGUGCAGACACCAAGCACCAGCAGCCAUUGGCGUACGACAGCACAUGUGUGGCUGCGCGUACACGGCCGCUCGUCAGCUGUCGGCGGCGGCGGCUCAUUCAGCCCAACACGGUCCCCAACCUGAACGGCAAGGCUCAGAGAAGCAGCUGUAUCCAGUGUAACUGCAGGGUCAACCCCAGCUGUGUGAUGUGUGGUGGCUGGCCCACCCCCAGAGAGGACCCUCAGUUUGAGCUGCCCACCCUGGAGCGCCUGUCAAGACUGGAUCUUGGCGUCCACCCCAUCCUCUCCUUCCCUGACGACGUUUGUAUAGGCCUACGUCUGCAGCAGAUGAUGAAGAGCCAGUGGCAGACCAAGUCACUGGAGAGGAGCAAACCACUGAAGAAGCUCUCCCUCAAACACAAGCUCUCCUCGUCCAAAGAGAAGCACAAGUUCACAAACUCACUUAUGGCAGUCAGACUGAGCCACUAUAAGAACCGUGCUGAGAAGCCGAGGGCGGCGGACAGCAGCGUGGGCGGCAGCGCUGUUCUGAACGCAGCCCGGCUCGAGGGCCAGACUGUGUGCAAGACUGAGCGGCUGCAGACCCUCUCCACCCCGUUAGGGCCCUUCGACAAGAACUACAGCCGUAAGAGGUUAAGAGAGCACUCGCUGGACAGGACGGACGCCUCCCCCAAACUCUUCCUGGACUCGAGCAGCCCCUGCCCCAGUCUGGCCAACAUGCACUCGUCCCUCCACAGCCCCCUCACGCGCCAGCUGUCCACGUCUUCAGAGAACUCCACCCCGCUGGGCCCCAGCAGCCAGAGCGUCCCCAGCACACCUCAGCAGCCCAUCAAGAGGAGGCGAGGCGAAAGCUCCUUCGACAUCAACAACAUCGUGAUCCCCAUGUCUGUGGCGGCCACCACCAGGGUGGAGAAGCUGCAGUACAAAGAGAUCCUCACGCCCAGCUGGCGAUCUGUGGACAUCUUCUCUCAGCCAAUAACUGAAGAGGAAGACGAACGAGAGGUGGAGGACCUGACAGACGCAGCCUUCACCCAGCUCCACCAGCCCUACGAGGACCAGGAGCGGUCCCGCUGGACCUGGAUGGCUCUGGCUCCCGCGAAGAGGCGGGGCAGCAGGUCGUACAAGUCCGUGGACGGGCGGACCACGCCGCUGCUGUGCGGGACCAACCCUCCCACCCCUCAGCCCGCGUCCCCUGACCCGGGCCACUGCCCCAUGCUGCACGACUACAGCCACGUGCCGUCGCCCAUGAGUCCGGCCAGCCCCGACACCACCUCCAACCCCCACACACCCUGCUCGAGGGACUCCCACCGGCUGCUGUCCAGCGAGGACACACGGUGCUCUACGCCGGACUUCACCUUUGAAGAGCGGACGGUAGCGCCGUGGGAACGCCGCAGCUUCCCCUUGCCAGAGGACCCGGCCCCAGAGCCCGAGGCAGAGAGCGACCACAUCAGGCCCAGAAUGCGCAGCAUCUCAGGUUGCCGAGCGACCGCCUACGGACGGCUCGAUUCGGACGACACGGAGCUGCCUUGCGACGACGACGGCGGCCCCAAACACAAGGCCUCCACCCACCGAUGAAUGACUGACAGGCUGAGGUCCCCCUGCCCCCCACCCACAGCUCCUCUCUGGCAUUAACAAGCAGAACCUCAAAGCAGAAUAAGAUUAAAUGGGUUCCUGUUGUUUGAUAUUCAAACAUCAGUCUAAUACUUUCACAGUUUUUAGUGAACAUUAUGGAGAUAGAAGCCUUUCCCUACACUUGUUUUUGUCACAGGAAAAAAAAGGAUAAAUGUAAAAAAAAAAGAAGUAUAAAACAACACGUUACAAAAAAUGUUUUCUGUAGUAGGCUAAACAAUGUACAUGGGGGCUUAGUGGUGUUUCAUAUGUCGCGUGUACACUCGUAGCGCACUAUGUAGCGGACUCCUCAAAUAUGGCCAAAGGGUGUUUUCUAUUGACUAGUUUGCUUGUAAUUCCCAUGUACAUUUUUAGUGGAGUGACAAAUAACAAAACAAGAAAAAACACCCUCCUCCUCUUCCUCCUCAUCCAAAUAAACAGGUACAUUUGAGAUGUGGUCCCUUCUUCUCCCUCUAGAGGUCGCCUGAAAUCACCAGAGCACUUCUCUGACUGCCAAGUCCAGUUUUGUUGGUUUGCUUUCUUUGUUUUUCAUUCCUGACAUGUUUUCUUUGUGUCUGUUCAGCCUCACACAUUCAUUGUGUUCUUUGAUAGUAAAUCAUUCCUUUACAGUCUCUUUGGAGAGUGUCCAGCUCCCGUCUCUACCCCUCAGUCCUGUUCAGAGGGUGACGCGUGGAGGACUGGGGUGUCUUUUGAGCACUUGCCCUACAGAAAGCGCUGCUGCAUGCUGAAAAACAUGCUCCUGUUAGUCUUAUCACGACGGCACUCGGUAGGAUUUCCACUUAUUAAAAGAGUAAUCGACGGCAGGUAACGGGGAUGAUUGUACCAUCUGCUAAUCUCACUCCCUCUUCCUCUUUGCGUACAGUCGUUGCUGUAUUAGAAAAGUUAAAUUGUGGCAAAAUAAAGACGUAACACAGUGGCCCCCCUCCUCUUUCUUCUGGUUCAGCUCGCCAGGUUUCCUCUCGCAGACAUUUCAGAUGUAGCAGCUCUCAGCUAGCAGCCGCCCCGAGCUCAGGUUUUCAACUGAAGGGAAUAUUCUCUGCUGUUCAGUACUUUCACCCUCACAUGGAUCAGAUCUAGACUUCUGUUGCAAGAUGGGUUUUGUUUUUGCCGCCCCACAGUGUCAUAACCACACUCUGCCCCUCCCCCAAGUAACUAAUUGCUAUGCAAAAAAAAUCUAUGGUUUUCAUUUUCCACCUUUUUAUGCCACAGCCAUUCAGUCACUGUUUUUCUUUUGUAGUUAAGCAAGAUGUCAAUGUACCUGUUCGAUUGUUGCAGCAGUUAACCUAAUCAAAAAGCAGAAUUGUUCUUUUUUUUUUCUUUUUUGUAAAUAGUACCAUUAAAACAUUUAUGUUUAACUUGG